AUGAAUGAAUCUGGUCUAAAGAAGCUAACAGAGUUGGAAAAUCUUGAAUGUUUAAUAUUGGAAAAUAAAAUUUCGCUCAGUGACGAAUCAAUAAUUGCAAUUUCAAACAAUUGCAAAGAACUUAAACGUUUAGAAAUUGAUCGUUGCACUAUAGUAUCAUGUAUUGAUAGUGAGCCACUUCCUUCUUCAUCUGUUCUUGAAGAGUUAUCAAAAUUACAAUGUCUUGAACAUCUAAACUUGGGUUUUGCAGAAAAUCUUAAAGAUAGUACAAUUACUGCUAUUGCUAAAAAUUGUAAAAACCUAAAAAUAUUAAAUAUCAGUAGCAGUGAUGAUAUUACUGAAACAGCUCUCGUUGCAUUAACAAAGAUGAAAAAUUUACAAAAACUAGACGUAAGUUGUCUUGAUAUAAUUACAGACAGCUUCCUUAUAAAAUUGAAAGGAUUAAAAGAAUUGAAUUGUAGUGAAUGCGACAAACUUACUAAUGCUGGUGUUAUUAAAUUUAUAAAAAAUAAUCCAGAUCUUGAACUGCUUGAUGUCCGCUAUAUUGACAAUAUCACAAUUGAUAUGAUGAUUGGUGCUGAUCAAGCAACUGAAAAUCGUACAAAUGGUAUCAUUUUACAAAUAUAUUCAGAUAGUCCGUCAAUAGCCCAUGCUUCUAAGUCAACGAUUAAAUCUCAAUGGUUAGUUGUUACUUGUUGA